CUCUCAGUCUCUCAGUCUCUCUCAGCUCCACAGAGAACCAGCUGCUCUUCUAGUCUCUCCUGCACACACAGAGGAGGAACAUAUAUACCAGCAGUCAUCAUCAGACGAGCCUGAACAUCUAUUUAAAAAGAGGAAAGUCAGUAUUUCAGUAGGAUUUCUCCAGCAGGAGGAGGAAGAGGAGAAAAAGAUGAGUUCUGCAUGCCUGGUCCUGCAGCAGUCGUCCUUCAGCGCAGCUCCGCGGUGGUCACGACCGAUGACAGGCAGCAGGAGCUCCGACACUACCGACAGCCAGACGUCCCUGUGGAGGCCGUGGUUAUCCAGCAGCAGGGAUCGAUCAGAGCGAUGCCCACGCAGCCAGCUGUCCUCUCCGUACUCCAGAGCCGCGGUGCCAGGCUGCUUCUCGUCAGAUGGGAAACCUCAGGCCUUCCAGCACCCCGUCAGGCUGUUCUGGCCCAAACUCAAGUCCUUUGACUACCUGUACAGUGACGGAGAGGCUCUGCUGAGGAACUUUCCCGUUCAGGCGACCAUCAGCUUUUAUGAUGAGUCCGACAGUGAAGAUGAAGAUGAGGAGGACUGGGAGGAGGACGGCGACUCUCAGGAGUGCUUAAAACAGCAUUUCACCUCCUACAACUGAGCGAGCAUCUCUGUCUUCCUGUGAAACGGCCGGAGAGACUGCAGUCAGCAUUUAUACACACUUACUUUAAAAAGGUGGACACAACAUUUGACAGUUUAGAAUAAACUCAGCAGUGUGGUCGGUGGCAACUAGGGAUGCACCGAUACCACUUUGUUUCAGACCGAGUACAAGUACUUACAUUUGGGUACUCUCCGAUACCGAGUACCGAUACGAGUACUUCUCUGUGCCAAAAGACCCUCGUUAACAGCCAGCUGGAGGGUGUGAGCGACACACGACAGGCUGGGGAGUCCUGCAUACGAGGCGGUGCGCCGCGCAAGGCUCUAGGUCGGCUCGGGGCGGAGGUCCUUCCCGGGG